GAUAUAAAUAAAUAUAAAAUUUACAUCGAAUAUGAACAUGUUUAUGGUAGCUGCCCCUACUCUGGUGUAGAACAGCUAGCGACGCCCGUGUAUGGAAGUUUCUAGCAUUACACGUGUUUUCCGAGAUAAAUAUUUGUCAAAAUGUCUACAAAUGACGACAAGACGAGACUAUCAAAGCUUCUGCAAGACCUGGAAGUACCUGAAGAAAGGCUGCCAGAGCGGUGUCGGCAGCUGGUAAAGGAUUUGCAGGAGAAGUUUCCUGAGGAAAUAACAGACGAACAAAGUAGGACCGAGGGUGAAGAGUAUGUGAACCCUUACAUACCCGAUAAAGGUCUAUUAGAAGAAAACGAGAGAAAGUUACGCGAAUUACUUGGCGAGGAAAAAAGAACAGCAAAAGUGACGAGCGAAGAAUCCAUGAAUACCGUCGAUCCAAAAAGACCUUGGCGGACAAACUCCUGUAAGGAGAAACUGCUGAGAAUAGAAUCGGAUUUGAAAAGACUGAAAUCGACAGAAAAGACCGGCUCAAUAGUCGCAGUAGAAGAUGAUUGUGAAACGAAUCUUUCGGAGGGUGACGUUAUACUGACGGAUCCUACUGGUGUUCAGUAAUUUACUUAUUAACUCAAUAAAAAAAUCGA